CGCGCGUUUCUGUGUGUCAUACCAUUAGAUCCUCAGUUCUGCGCCGCUGUUGAUAAACAAGCGUGGAGAAACGGCCUCGUCGAGGAGGCCGGAUUAUUAUUUUCGAUAAUCGAUAUAUAUCCACGAUAUCUGGAGAAAACGGGUCAAACGACAAGUAUCGAAAACGGAGUCGGUAAAGGAAGAUACGGCGGCUCCGGCCGAGGAAAAACAUCAACGGAAUAACGACGACGGCAAGCGUGACAACGUUGAGGUUAUGGACAACUUUGUGAAGAUCGAGAAGAUAGGAGAGGGAACUUACGGGGUGGUCUACAAGGCCAGAGAUAAACUGACCGGGAAGCUGGUAGCACUCAAGAAAAUCCGCUUAGAGACUACGAGAACAUUAUCGCGCAAAUCAAGAAGGGAAAGAGAAGGUGUUCCAUCUACCGCUAUUCGAGAGAUUUCGUUACUGAAAGAUCUCACUCAUCCAAACAUCAUACAAUUGUUCGAUGUCGUAGACGGCGACAAUCACUUGUACCUUGUUUUUGAAUUUCUACAGCAGGAUUUGAAAAAGCUGCUGGACUCAGUUAAAGAAGGCUUGGAGCCUGCCCUUGUAAAGAGCUAUCUCUAUCAAUUACUGCAGGCCAUUUCUUUUUGUCAUCUCCGUUGCAUAUUGCACAGAGAUUUAAAACCGCAGAAUUUACUGAUAGAUCGCGAAGGUCACAUAAAACUUGCCGACUUUGGACUGGCGCGCAUGAUCGGUCUUCCCGUGCGCACUUACACGCAUGAGGUGGUCACGCUUUGGUACCGUGCGCCGGAAGUUCUCCUAGGAACCAAAUUGUACACCUGCGCGCUCGACAUAUGGAGUCUCGGUUGUAUAUUUGCGGAAAUGGCGACGAAACGGGCUCUUUUUCCCGGUGACUCUGAGAUAGAUCAGUUAUUUAGAAUAUUUCGCAUGCUCGGCACGCCGGACGAAACAAUUUGGCCGGGAGUGUCGCAACUUCCAGACUACACUUCCAGAUUUCCCAGAUGGGAGGCGAACAAAUUGAGCGACGCUUUGCCUACUUACGACGAUCAUGCCAAAGAUUUGCUUUCGAAAAUGCUAACGUACGAUCCGAAUCAGAGGAUAACGGCGAAAAAAGCACUGAGCCAUCCUUAUUUCAUUGGUGUUAAAGUAGUUCCGCCACCACUGCCAAAGAAAAACUAACGUAGUUUUUUAUACACGGCCAAUUAACGUAUAUUACUUUUAUAAUGCGUGUUAUAUUUUCAUAGGUCUUUUUAUUGGAAAAAAAUGUAUUAUAUAUAUGCAAAAUAAUUUUGAAAGGAUCUCUUAACUUUUAUAUGUUGGAGAAGUGUGUUCAGUUAUACAUAGUCUACAAACCAUGUGUACCAUGUACAUAUAUAUUUUUACUUCUGUAAACGUCAUAUAUAUAAUAUUUAUAUUUGCA